AGCAGUAGCUCAUCAGAACAUGUGAUAAGCAGUUCGUUAGCUGUUUCACUACCAAAUGAAUCUAGUUAUGGAUCUAGAUCUAUACCUACUGACACUGAAGCAGAGGUAUCAUCACUAAAAGAUUUGCCUCUACGUUAUGAUAUAUUUUCUACUUCUGCUGAUGAUGAGCGGUUUGUUUUAUCAAGUUCCAUGUAUUCGAUGUCUGAAGGAAGUCUCAAUUCUGAAAUUGAACAGACCCAAGAGACCAAUGGUGUUGACCAUGUUGAUAUGAGAUUUGUUUAUGUUGUCACUCCUGUAUUAGUAACAGGCACAUGUCUCUUUAUUGUUGUGACUUUGGGGAUUUCAUUGAGAUGCUAUUACAUCAAAAAAGUGAAAAAGAAAAACACAGCAACUUCAUCUAAUGAAGAGUAUGCUAUUUCCAGAAAUGAGCCAUUUCUCUCUUCAAUUCAGAGACAUGAAGUGCAUCAUAAUCCAGCAUAUGGCAUGGUAGAAAGAAGAACAGGGAUUAUGUGCAUCAACCAAGCUUAUGGUUUGGUUACUGGACACAAUGAUGAAUCCAGAUUGAGGCACAAUCCAGCUUAUGGUGUGAUCAGACUUUAAAUUAAGUGUAUGAAGCUACUGUUGCCCAUUAUAAAAUUCAGAACAUUUUCUGUCAACAAUGCUAAAUUAUAUAAUCUAUAUAAUUAGAUUUAAUGUGAUGCCAACUACCAAUAGUUGUUAUAUUUUUUGACGACAA